AUGGCAAAAUUAGUUUGUUCGUGUUUAUUCAUCUCCAUGCUUGUUCUCUCUGCCUUUUUGGCUUUGCCAAGUGCAGAUGGAGCAGAAAUAAAAGUGUGUAAUGUGAUCUUGAAGCUAAGCAAGCCAUGCAGUUUUCAAGAAUGCCAACCACUUUGUAUUCAGAAGUACAAGGGGACUGGCGUUUGUCUCGGAGAUAACAUUAAGCACUCUAAAUGCAAUUGUGAAUAUAAUUGCUAA